CAUCCCACAAACCUCUCUAUCCAGACAUAUCACAUAUCAUUCACUCGGUUUGAAGCAGAUAUCCAGCACCAUGGCGGCCUUCUAAGCGCUCUCCUCGCUCCCCAACGCCCUGUCUCUCACCACGAGACAGACAAAAUACAUUUUUCGAGGUUUUCGAUUGUUAAUCCCCUCUCUACCAAUUCUUUUUCAGAGUCCCCCGUUUCUGGGCCUCUGAACUUCAGCGACGCUUCGCGUAGCUCAAGUUCGCUUUCCACGACUAUUUCUCCGUUCGACGCUUCGUCCGUCACCACGGAUAACCAUCAGCAAACAUGGCUUCCCACGCCCCCGCCCCCGCAGCCUCUGGCUCAGUGUCCGGAUCUGAACAGCGACAAGAUCAGCAGCAGCAACCUGCAGGAGGACUUCGUGCUGUAUCCCUCCACCCCGAUCUCUCGUCCGAAAGCCAACUUUUGGGACGAGCGUGCUCCAGCACCCUCGAGUGCAGCCCAUAGAUCUUCGACUGUGAAUAACUCGACCCUGGUCAGCUCUAGUCACCGGCGGCACACGCUCCAUUACGCUGUCAACUGGCACCACCAGCAGCGUCACUCCCAGCAGCAGUUGUCCGGCUCGCCUGCCCAGGUUCCUCGAGUGUCCAAGUUGAACGCGCAGUUUCCCGGGUUAUCUCCGUCCACGUCGAAUCGGUUUAGUCCAUCCGGCCGGAAGCACCUUGCCCAGCGUCUGUACGCUGCUUCAGUGCCUUCUCCACACUCCAAUCGUCCUCCAGUCCCUUUGUUCCACAGCGCAGGAAAUCUUCCGCAGAACCAGAAUCAGCAGUCACAGCAUCGCCGGGUCAUGUCGACCUCCAACCUCAUUACAGGUGAAUACCAGGCCCCAUCCCGUCCUUCCUCCCUCCCGUGUGAGUCAAGCGAAGACAUUCCCCACGCUAACCCCACAUAUUCAGAUUUCCGGGAUCUCCGGGACGUCUUUGAUACUUCUGCCCACCAGUUCGUAGACGAGCUCGAUUCUCCGGCGGACAUCACCAUGCUUUCUCAUCAGCCUAGUUUUACUGCCGCCGAGUCCCCGGCAGGCCAGCCUGUGGGCACGGUCUCGCCGAAGGACCUGGUGGUAGAUGCGUCGGCGCCGCCGUCGACUUCGUUCACGGACCUCAGCACUCCUCCCUCCUUUGACUCUCCUGGAUUGUUUAGUCACGACGCCUCGCCCAUGUUCCCGGUCGACCAAGAAUUGGGACCCGGCCAUGAGGAGUGGGAGUCCUUGUUUCCUGCCAAAGAUGCCUUCUCCCUCCCUGUUGAGGACGUGAGCAACGCUAUCCCUACGUUACCCAAGACUCAGCCAUCUGCAUCGCCGAUGGUCCGCACGACUUCUUCGCCCAUGGUCCGCACAGCCUCCUCGCCCGGCGAGUCUCCCAAGCCUGGUUCUGGUCGGAGUUCCACAAAACACUCAUCAGUGGCUGGUGUCAAUCCUCGGAGGAGAGAAAAGCCCCUGCCGCCGAUCGUCUACGAUCCUGAUGACCCUGUCGCCGUGAAGCGCGCACGGAAUACCGAAGCCGCUCGCAAGUCCCGAGCCCGGAAGUUGGCACGGCAGGAAUCCAUGGAACGUCGCAUCGCCGAGCUGGAGAAGGACCUGGCGGAACUCCAAAGACGUGAGGAAUAUUGGAGAGACUUCUUUGUUUUGCUAAGUCCUGUUGUCAGUCAUAAUGCAGAUUACACUCAUCAAGUUAAACAAUUACGUGUGGAAGUAAAAAAAAAGCGUGGAUACUAUCAUUACUAUUACCAGGUCUAG